CAAAGUCGAACGCGUUUGCAAGCUCUUUACGGAGAUAUCCGAGUGUGGGCCCCGAGCCAUCCUCCGAGGUAUUCGAGCGACUCAUCAGUUACACAAAGCCUUCCGACUCUUCACGAAUAAACAGUCCAAAUGAUUGUCUGACAUGCUACCAAGUAACACCAACCACCAGAUAUCCUAGAUUCAAACAUUUUGAACACAAAACAAGACAUUACGAUACUUCGCCGACACGCUACGAUGGUCUGCUGCCUCAUGAAUACGAGAACUUGUGUAAAUAUCAUGAACACAUUAAUGAUAUGUAUUACGGAACUUCUAGAGGCAUCGAUAGUAAAAGUCCAUAUCAUUUUCACUGCUGUUGUGGAUGUUGCGAGGAUGAUUUUUAAACAGAACAUUUAGAAAAUGAACCCUAUCUGUAGCUAGGGGUCAAGAAUACUGAUGCGGCCUCUGUUGUUGCCACACUUAAUGAAUCGUCGUAUAUAGAGCUACCUUCGUCAAAGCUGGAUAGUGAAGAAAAUUUAGCAAAAGGCAAAAGCAGUAACGUAACUCUCGAACCCAUACAUAUCCGUCCAAAUUCAUUGAGAGACAAUAAAUCCAUGCAAACCUUCAAUAGUUUGAUAGAAUUGAGACCGAAGAAAAAAACAAAGGCGCACCGAAAACCAAAAAAGACAAAAAUCCCAAUUCCAUCAACCAGUAAACGUAAAACUUCAACACAAAAGACUAGGGACGAUGAAGCUAACGCAAGUGGACAUAAAAGAUUAAAAACCGAAUUAUUAGAUCUUAUCAAAGAAUUAAAUACCUCAGAAGAUGACAAAAUCGAAGAGAAACUAAGAGAGGUUUUAUGUAAAAUAUUAAAUUGCAUAUUAAAGCAUAGAAAACAGAGCAAUUCGAAGGACACUUUAAUACAUGAUUUGAUAAAACAAUGUGAUGUUGACUCAUUAGAUGUUGAUUCAGAAUCUUUUGAUUUUAAAAAAGAAACACUUGAUCUUGUUUGGCAAAAAUAUUCAAAUGAAGCUGUAAAAAUACAGCGAGUAAUCAAAGACGAUAUGUUGCCGAUACUCAAAUAUCAUUUAUUUAAAGAGCAUGAAAAUGAAGUGGUCAAUUUUAUAUUAUCAAAAAUAAUCAAAGAUAUAGUUGGGGUUGUAUCAAAAAUUGAAUACAAAUAUUUGGAAGAUUCUAGAAAUAGUCUUCAAAAUUUACGUCAAUUAGGAAAACAGAGAGUGAUCGAUAUUAAGAAAUCACAACACGCGUGCCAGAAAACCCAAGAUCAAAGUAAGAAAUGUCGUCGAUAUCCCAUUGCUAUAAGAAACUUGGGUAAAACUAAAACUGUCGACAAUUUAUGUAAAAACAUUAACAAUCAAUCUAAUGAAUCCAUUGAUAUAGAACUCCAAAGUAUAGUAAAUAUUUACCAAGUUUUGAAAAAAAUACAAUCAUCUUCAGAAUUCCAAGCCAAUUAUGUAACAAGUAUGCUUUUAAACAGAUUUUGUACAACAAAAGCUUAUGACAAUGAGUUGAAAAUUUUUCAUCGAAAGUCCCGACCUUGUUUGUCGCCAGUCAAAUGUAUAUCUGAUACAUAUAUUAUGAUCCAUGAUUCCUCUCGAAAUAAAGCUAUACUUACUAAGAAAAAAAUGGACAAGAUGAAUUUGCGGGAUGGUACAAAAUUAUUAACGAGUAUUAAAAAUAAACAAACAGUGGAAACAAAUGUAGAACAAAUCGAAAAGAAGAAUGAAUUAGAAAACUUACCUGAUGUUGAGAAACCUCAAACUUCAAGACAAGAUGCAGUUCAAGAAAAGGAUAAUUCAUCACCUCCACCACCUCCAUCACCUCCAUCACCUCCAUCACCUCCAUUACCGAUUGAAGAACCGAAAAAAGAAAAUAAAACGAAAGAGGAAAGUUUAACACAAAACAUUGGAACCAUUCCUGAGCAAAUCGAGAGUCAAAUUAGGCAGUGGUUUAUGAAAUUUGGAAUUUAUACAAUAAAAGAUAACGUCUGCUACGAUAAUGUUUUAAAAAAUCUGACAGAAGAUAUAACUACACAACUGACGCUACUAAAUCAACAAUCAACUGACACAACCAGAGAAUCUGUUGCUGAUUAUCUUAAAUGCGUUAUUUGUAAGCAUUUAUUCCUUCCGAUGACGGGAAGAAACUUUGAAUUGGCUCAUAAGUUAUCAGAAUUAACAAAAGAUGUGCUAAAUAUUUUCCAUUUGAAUACAUCAGCGAAUUGUCAAACAAAAAUUUACCACGAACAGUCGCCAACUGCUUAUACUCCUCAAGUAAAUGAAUGUAACACACCCAAACCACCUGCUUUACUACCAGGAUCACAUUAUAAAGCAGAUAAAAGCGUAAUGAAUGAUAUUUACUCGGAAUUAAUGUUUUGUGACGAAAAUAUACUUAAAAUACUUCCCAGAGAUUUGUUGAAACAUGAGGCUGAAUGUUGCUGUGGGAAAAAUUGCAAAAGCGGAGAAUGUCCGAAUCGAUGGAAUAAUCUAAACAAAGAACAUGGUAAUAAAGCUGGUGAUAUUAAAAUAGUACUUACAACAACAAAGGCAAAUAAUCCGGAUAAUACUACAACCACUACAAAUGCUGCAAAUGAUAGCAAAAAAGAGCCGAAUUCUUCCCUUCAGUCAAAUCAAAAGAAUGUCAAAGACAUCCCAGAAAAUGCAACAAGACAACAACUACAUGAGUAUUGUGUGGAGACAUUUCGCAAUUACUGUAAAGAGCUACCUAUUCUAGCGACUAAUCCUGAUUUAACAGAAUUGGCCAGAGAAGGAGUACUACACAACAUAUUAAAACUUUUCUAUAUGCUGAUAGAAGACUCUCAUGUUGAAAACGAUUAUACGUACUUCGAGUUCACAUUCGAGGAUGAAAUCGAUGGACUCUUAGAUAUUCUCCCUCAAACAGAAGAUAUGAAGAAAAUAAGACAAGGAUGGAAAACAAAAAUAGUGAUGGAGGCAACUAAAAUACUUAAGUUCAUGCACAAAACAAAAGACGAUUCAGAAUUCAAGCAAAAACUUAAUCAAGUAUCAGACAGACGCAAGUUAAUGGUAGAGCAAAGAUUGGAUGAUGAAUAUUCUCAACAAUUGAGUGCUUUAAGAAUGGCUGAGAAAUAUAUGGCUGCAACAAACUAUCGGGAACAAAGUCCUCUAAAAAUGAAAGUUUACUUGCAACGAUUAAUGAAUCGCACAAACCAGAUAUACGAAUGUGUAAAAAGAAAAGAAAGAAAACCGUUUCUGGAGCUGCCAAUCGAAAGUAUAAAUGAAAUAGUAUUUAAAGAACUUCAAGGUGUGCCUAUUCCAAAUAAUGAUAUUGAAAAACAAGAAAUUAAUUUAGUUGAAAUAAACAACGAGAUAGAAGCCUGGUUUAAUGAAUUACCUGUAGCUCCAACUGAAGGCAUGAACGUCAAUAGAAGAAGGAUAUUAAAACAGGCAUUAGCAAACAAAAUUCAUGGCAUGGAUGUGAAUUUGAGUUUAGACAGUCCCGGGGCUGAAAGAGAAAUGAAACACGAAAUAAGUGUGUUUUUAUCUGACAAAGCGGUUGGACUUGAAAAGGACCAAGAUUUAAAUAUCAAUUAUAUGGUUGAAGAUCUUGCUAGAAGAAUAAAAGGUAGACGAGAAAGAGAAAAUUCCUUAACCUAUGAGUCAUUUAAAAAACACGUUCCAUUAAAUUCAAGUGUACAGAAAAUUGACAAUUCAAUCAAUGGCUCUUCGCAAGUUAAGGAUUUUGAUAGAAUGCCGUACGGUAAUCAAAAUGUUAGAUUGUCAAAAAAUGGUGAAAGAGUUCGUUUUGAAGAUCAAAUUCCAUAUGAAGAUAAAAUAGUGAAAUUGCAGCCAACAAGAAGGUCAAUAGAUAAAGGUAUAUUAGGCACCAGUCAAACGCCGGGACCCAGCAGUGACGAAGCCUAUUUAACCCUAUCCUCACGUCCUAGAAAUUCUAAUUCUCAACAAAUAUCACAACGUUAUCCAAACACUAGCCAAAGAAGAAAAAUAUUUGCACCCGAAGAAUUAAAUGAAAUUAGUAAAUUUUUUGAAGGAAGCCCUAAUAGUACUAAAGUUAGUCGUUAUAGGAACCCUUCAGUUGACCAACAAAGAUAUGAUUAUUAUUCCUUACGCGAUCCUUCACAGCGCAAUUCUAAUAACUUUUUUUAUGACCCUAGAUCUAAAUCACAAUAUGGCUCUUCCAAUGGUGCCAUAUCCGCAAUACAAGCAGCACCACCUUACGGAAAACCUAUAAAUUAUAAUAGUGCCCGUUAUGACAGAGAUGACUAUGAUAUGGAAUAUGAAAGAGAAAGAGAUCUAAGCAGACUUCGUUGUAAAUGUGGCGAAGCUCCCAUGCGUCGAAGAAGACGACGUUCAUGUAAUUGUGAAGAUUUUUACCCGAUGCCUUCGUGUUGUUUUUUACACAAUGAUUUUUAAGUGUUUCUUUUUACACAAACUUUUCAAAAUGUUUGUAAUGUGAUUGUUAUUAAUAAAAAGUUGUUUGUUCAAAAUGAAAA